CAUAGUAACAGGUACCACAGCGAUGUCGAGUGAAAGUCUUUCAGACGUUUACGGGGGUAUUUGCUUAAAAUAUCAAAUAAAUGUCAACCCGUACGUGUCGGAGGUUUUACAGCAGAACAGCGUAAAGAAGAGUGCCAUUUUAAAUCUGUCAGGAAAGAAUCAAAAACUUGAAGACAGCGACGUUUUUGUCCUCACUCAAAGUCUGCGAAAUAACAACAGCAGCGUGACAGAGCUUGAUGUUUCUUACAACAACAUAACAGAUGAGGGCGCCAAACACCUCGCUGACCUCCUGCAGGAGGAACCUUCAGCACUGAGAUCUCUGGACCUGAAGUUCAACAACAUCACGGCAGGUGGCGCUGAAGUGCUCGCCAAGAACCUGCAGUGUAAUGCUGCCUUGGUCACUCUCAGAUUGUCAGGCAAUAAGUUUGGGGACGGUGGAGGUGUGCACAUAGCCAGAAUGCUGCAGGUGAACGACACGCUGCAGGAAGUGGAACUGAACAGCUGCGAUCUGGGCAUUCAGAGUGUCACUGCGCUCACCAUCGUGUUAAAAAGCAACACGUGUCUUCGCUGUGUGGACCUGAGCCGAGCGCUGCUCUUCAGCCAGCAGGAGGAGUGGGCGGAGCACCUGUCAGAGACGCUGCGGGUGAACAGCAGCCUGCUGGAGCUCCACCUGGGGAAGAUGGACAUGACGGACAGCGGGAUGGAGAGGCUGGCUGGAGGUCUGCGGUUCAACUACAGCCUGCGCUACCUGGACGUGUGCUGUAAUCGAGUGACUCGUGACGGCGUGCGUCUUCUCGCUGAGGUCCUAAAGCAGAACCCGACUCUGCACAGCGUCGAUCUCUCGUCCAAUCGCAUUGAAGAUGAAGGUGCCACAUAUCUAAGCGAGGCCAUCACUGGACCAGUCUGCGCCCUCAGAGAGCUGUCUGUGACCAGUAACGGCAUCACGAGUGGCGGGCUGCUGUCCCUGGCUCGGGCCGUGACAGCAAACACGACACUCACUCACCUCUACAUCUGGGGAAACAAACUGGAGGAGCCCGUCUGCAGGGCCUUCAGAGAGCUGAUGGAUGCUGGCCGCCUGCAGCCCAGACACACAGACGUCAGUGCCUACGAGGUGGAUGGUCGGGUUUUUCUCGCUCGAGUCUCUCACACACUGAGAAGACAUUAUUACAGCACAGAAUGAUGCUCCGCCUCCAGAUGUCCUCUGGAAUCCAGCUAAGUCCCUCA